CAAAAGCUCCUGCUCAGCUCUCUUUCCAGCCAAGGUCUAAGUGGCGGAGGGGGUGUCCAUUUUGAAGUGUGGUGCAGAUAUUACUAUCCCAAUGUGCGAGACCAGCUGGUGGCCAAAGGAAUUCUGCCCUUGUCCAAGCUGUGCGCCAUGGUCACCAUGCAGGGGCGCCAUCCCGACGAGGCCCGCUUGUUCUCGCUACCGCUGCUCCCCAGAGUGGACGGCCUGGCGGCACAUCAGCCUCUGCCCUCUGGCCUCCUGGACGUGUGCGUCCGCUACAAGUGCCGCCCAGUCCGAGCGGACGCGCCCGCCGGCAAGGGCCCGGCCUCUUGUCUUGUGACGCUUGUGGUUCAAGUGCACAGAGGGUGUGGUUUGCAGGCAGCAGCCAGAGCCGUCGCCCAGCGAGACGAAAGGUACGACUACUUUGCGGGCGUGGGCGUCAACUCCUACGUGAGCGUCCGCUUGCCCUUCUUGCCCGACGACGAGGCGACGUGCACACGCGUGGCCGCCAGAACCUUCUGCCCCGAGUUUGACCACCGCGCCGAGGUGCGCUGCGACGCGCUGGUCCACAAGAGCGGCGGUGAAAUCUGCAGUCUGGCCGAGCAGCUGGCCGAAGCGUGGGCCGUCUUCACCGUCUGGAAUAAAGACAACCGCAAAGGUCUUACCUCCAGGCCUCCGGCUGUGGUGUUGGGCACUGUGAAAAUCCCGCUGGCCGACCUCCUCUGGAAAACAACAGGUAUUUCCGGCUGGUUCGGCAUCUACGCCGCCCGGCAAUCUCCUGAAAGUCAGCAGACGUUAGUCGGAGGCCUGGAGGUCUCCGUCGCCUUCGCCCACCACUCGGAGCGGGAGCGGAUCAUUCAGGCCGCUCGGGAUUUGGGCUGGGAUCCGACCCGGGCUCAGGUGGACUGCGACGACCGGGACACCUGGGAGCAGAGCGCCGGGAAGUUAUCCCUGACCUUCGCCAUACCCAGAGCCUGGUUGCCCCUGCGUUGCCUGCUCCUGCCGGGCCACGACACCCUGCAGCGCUCCACCUACUGUUACCUCCGCUACAAGUUCUACGAGCACGAGGCCUUCUGCUCGCACAUGAAGCACCCGUGCGCCGGCGAGGGCGCCGAGGGCGACCAGGCCAUCGUGACCUUCCAGGGGAGUCGCACGGUGGAGCUGAUGAGCUCUCAGCCGCUCAUGUGGUACCUUCGAGAGGAGAGGCUGGAGGUGCAGGUGUGGGUGGCGUUCCAGAAAGACAAAAGCCAGAGGCCCCGGGACACAGACCGCCUGCUGGGGUCCGCCUUCAUCGAUCUGUCUUCGCUCGCGAAGGCUCGCAAGCAGAGGUCGACUCUCAGUGGAGUGUAUCCGCUGUUCAGGCGUUCGGCAGCCGACCUGCAGGGCGCCGCUCUGCGGGUGCACAUCAGCCUGACCCCCGGUGGCCUUCCGGCACCUCAAGACAACGUGGCGGAGUCCGACAGCCAGGAGGAGGAGACCUUAGUCGUGGAGCCGGCGGCGCCUACGCCGCCUACGUCGCCGCCUCAAACGACGCAAAGCCAAACCGCCCGAGAUGUCACCUUGUCGCAGCCGGCUGAAAUAUUGAGCGACGACCAAUCAUUCCCGGUCACGCUCGCCGUCCACAGGGCCAAGAACCUCACUCUGAAAGGUUGCCCGCCGUCUGAGAGCGGCGAGGGGACGCUGCGCUGCUACGUCUCGUACGCCGCCGCCGACUCAGCCGAACCCGUAUCCACGGCUGUGGCGGCCGACACAAACUGCCCCGUGUGGGACCACUGGCGUGACUGCAGGCUGGCCAAGCAGCUCCUCCUUGACCCUCAACAGUGCUUGGUCUUCAAAGUCUGGCACAAAGGCACCGCCGAAGCGGAGCAGGUGAUCGGCUUCGCUUCGGUUGAUCUGACCCCGCUGCUGUGCGGCCUGCAGUCGCUCUGCGGCUGGUACAACGUCACCGACUUCGGCGGCCAUUGCCACGGCCAGCUCAAAGUGAGCGUCAAGCCGCUGAAGUGGGUGCGAGACCUCCGCGGGCAAAGGAAAGCCGCUGUGGACGCAGAGCCUUCAUCGCAGGUUGCACCUCGCAGCUACCACACCACAGCCACGUACAGCAGUUUCCCGUCUCACAUCAGCCGAUACCCCGAGCAGCACAUCUCUUCCCCCGACCGUGCGGACGCCAUCUUCCCCAAAAUCUCUGUGCCCAGCGAGAGCGAGCGCCACCACGAGCACAUGCAAAAGGUGCGCCUUCAUCAUCAGAGCCUUCAGGAGCAAGCUGGCCUUCACUCGGUCUGCGACGGCGGCAGCGGCGGCGGCGACAUCAACCCCUCCAGCUCUCUAAUCUUCUCCACAAUCAGUUCCCUUCCCAACUUUUUCCUGCCCUCUCACCAGCUGGAGGCGUCUCUGAGAGUGGUCGGCUUGGCGCCCUCUUUCUCCAAUUCAUGCAGCGACACAGAGCGUGGCCUGACUCCGCCUCAAAUUCCUCGCAGGGGUCCACGACGCUGUCCCGACAUGUCGCCCACUUCUAGGAAGAGACAGACGGAAAGAUUUGCCAGAAUAUGCGCCACUCGCUUGGACGACGACGAUGAUUAG